CCCAGCCAGCCUGUUCUCCCAAAAUUUCCCCUCUCCCUUGAACUCGUCGCCGCCGCCGGACGAACUGAAAUGAUGACGAGCAACCGGCUGAAGCUGGACGAGGCCCAGAUCGCCGACCUCCGGGGGAUAUUCCGGUCCUUCGACCGCAACAAGGACGGCAGCCUGACGCAGAUCGAGCUCGCCUCCUUGAUCCGAUCGAUCGGCCUGAAUCCGAGCUCCGACGAGCUCAGGGCGCUGCUCCAGAGGGCCGAUACGAACAGCAACGGCCUGGUCGAGUUCACGGAGUUCCUGGCGAUGCUGGCGCCGGAGGAGGAGCCGGCGUACGGCGAGGAGCAGCUGAGGCAGCUGUUCAGGAUGUUCGAUCGGGACGGGAACGGGUACAUAACUGCGGCGGAGCUGGCGCACUCGAUGGUGAGGCUCGGCCACGAGCUGACGGCGGAGGAGGUCGCCGGGAUGAUCCGGGAGGCGGAUACCGACGGCGACGGGCGGAUCAGCUUGCCGGAAUUUUCCCGCGCAAUUUCUUCUGCUGCGUUCCUGAACUCCUGGGCUUAGAUUGAAGCUAAGAGGUCGAGUGAAAACGGUGCAGUGUUUUGUCAGUCAUUACACGAUGAUUGUCCAUGUUGAAGUUUAGAUAGAUUUUUCUCGUUGGUUUGUUCUCAAGUUUGUGGAAGCAAUGCAGUCAAAAUCGGGCUUUAAAACUUGAAAGCUUACGCUUUUACCUUUUUAGGU